AUGAGCGCUGGACCUGUUGAAUUUUUUACGCUGCGGCUCAUGCCGGGGGAGAUCUAUCAUUUGGACACGAUCCGCGACAUUCAGAUUACCAAUGUGAGCUACUCGAACCCAGAGGACCUUAGUGGCAAGAAGCGCACGGUGCUCCGUGUCCACUACGCGGGCAAUCCUAUCGACUUGGAUGAGGAUGACUUGGAUGAUCUGGACAAUAUGGACGAUGAGGAAAUUGCCGAAGCUAUCCGCCAGGCUGAGAACGACGACGACGACGACGACGACGACGACGACGAGGAUGAUGACGAGGAUGAUGACGAGGAUGAUGACGAGGAUGAUGACGAGGAUGAUGACGAGGAUGACUUUGACGAGCCGAUCUUCACCGAGGAGGAUUCGUACGUUGUCUGCUCCCUGAUCCCGGAAAAAGUCGAACAGGUGACGCUCAACCUUCAAAUCAGCGAGGAAGAGCAAGUCGGAAUCUCUGUCUCUGGAAACGAGCCUGUCGAUAUCAUUGGUAACUACAUGCUCCCGUCGUCGCUGAGCAAUCUGGGCCGUGACGAGGACGAGGACGAGGACGAGGAGGAGAACCAACGUCAACUCGCUCUUCUUGGCGCCGCCGAUGAUGACGACGAUGAGGACGACGACGAGGAAGACGACGAGGACUUUGGCGACGACGACGACGACGACGAGGACGACGAGGUGGAGGACGACGAUGGCGAGGACGAUGACGAAGAGGACGAGGACGAGGACGAGGAUGAAGAAGACUCUAACGAGCCCCAAGUUGUGAUCGUCCCUUCGAGGAAGCGUUCCGCUGUCAACAUCGAGGACGAAGAACCGCAGCUCAGCCGGAGUCAGCGCAAGAGACUGAACAAGAAGCUGCGCAGCGAGGUAAGCGCGGCCCCGCUUUCCCGUAAGGAGGAGAAGGUGCGCAACAACAUUUCUGCCAAGCUCCUUGCUAACGCAAUUUUUGGCGAGGGCCCUGUAGCCAAGCCCGGCACGCGCGUAAGCAUGCGCUACGUCGGCAAGCUACAGAACGGCUCCAUAUUUGAUUCGAACACCAAAGGCAGGCCCUUUUCCUUCCGCCUCGGCAAGGGCGAGGUCAUUCGUGGCUGGGACCAAGGCGUAAAGGGUAUGCAAGUAGGCGGAGAACGCCGUUUGCAAUGCCCUCCGCAUUUAGCGUACGGGAAGACUAAACUCCCUGGCAUCCCCGCCAACUCUACACUCAUCUUUGAUGUCAAGCUUUUGGAAGUCAAGUAA